CGUCGUAUUGUUCUUCCAAAUUUUCUCUGCCAAUCCCAAGAACAAAAAGAAAAACACAGAGAAACGAAGAAGAAGUCACUAACUCGGAAAUGGAUCGAGCUUUUCAGCGAACCAGAAUCUUAACCAAUCACCUCCUCCUAUCUUCGCCGGCUCAGACCGCUUGUCUUACUUCGAACGACUGUUUCAACUACUCGCCGCCUGAACUUUCCGAGAAAUACGCGUUCGACGUCAAUGAGAUGCGGAAGCUAAUGGACGGGCACGAUGUGGAGGAGCGGGAUCGGCUGUUCGGAUUGAUAAUACAGAGCAAGUUGUUCAACCCGAGAGUGAGGGGAGGGAAGGUGUUUGUGUUGCCGGACUAUAACCAGUCGAUGGAGCAGCAGCGGGAGAUGACGUGGAAACGCAUCGAGUAUUUGUUGGAGAGAGGGGUGUUCAAAGGAUGGAUGACGGGGGAAGGAGAAGAUGUUGAGAUGAAGAGGUUCGCUUGCUUUGAGGUUUUGGGCCUCUUCGAUCAUUCCAUUUCAAUUAAGCUUGGAGUUCACUUCUUCUUGUGGGGUGGUGCCAUCCAAUUUUUUGGUACAAAGCACCACCAUGACAAGUGGCUUAGGGACACUGAAAAUUUCAAGGUCAAAGGUUGCUUUUCAAUGACUGAGUUGGGGCAUGGAAGUAAUGUUCGUGGAAUUGAAACAGUAACAACAUAUGACUCAAAGACUGGGGAGUUUGUCAUUAAUACACCUUGUGAAUCAGCUCAGAAGUUUUGGAUUGGUGGGGCAGCCAAGCAUGCAACACACACGAUUGUGUUUUCACAGCUCAAUAUCAAUGGAAUCAAUGAAGGGGUUCAUGCACUUAUAGCCCAAAUCAGAGAUGCUGAUGGUAAUGUAUGUCCAAACAUUCGCAUUGCCGACUGUGGUCAUAAAAUUGGUUUAAAUGGCGUCGAUAAUGGUCGAAUCUGGUUUGACAAUGUCCGAGUGCCCAGAGAGAACUUAUUAAACUCAGUUGCUGAUGUUUCACCUGAUGGAAAAUAUCUAAGCUCAAUAAAAGACCCAGAUCAGAGAUUUGCCGCAUUCCUGUCCCCUCUGACAGCAGGUCGUGUUAAUAUUGCGGUUAAUGCAGUUUACCAGUCAAAGGUCGGUUUAUCUAUUGCAAUCAGGUAUGCUCUAACAAGGCGGGCUUUUUCUCUUAAGCCGAACGAGCCCGAGGUCUUAUUGCUUGAUUACCCAAGUCAUCAACGACGACUCUUGCCUCUCCUUGCAAAGAUUUAUGCUAUGAGCUUUGGUGCAAAUUACUUGAAAAUGCUGUAUGUUAAGAGGACACCCCAAUCAAACAAAACCAUUCAUGUGGUUUCAAGUUCAUUCAAGGCUACUUUUACAUGGAGUAACAUGCAAAUACUUCAGGAAUGUCGUGAAGCUUGUGGAGGACAAGGAUUAAAGACUGAGAAUCGUGUUGGUCAUCUGAAAGCCGAGCAUGAUGUGCAAUCCACUUUUGAGGGGGACAACAAUAUUUUGAUGCAGCAGGUCAGCAAAGCUCUCUUUGCUGAAUAUGUGAUGGCCCAGAAGCGAAACAAGGUUUUCAAGGGUCUGGGUUUAGAACACAUGAUUAAACCCUGCCCUGUCAUUCCAUCACAGCUUACUAGCACUACCCUCAGAUGCAGCCAAUUUCAGAUGGAUGCCUUGUGCUUAAGGGAGAGAGAGCUUUUGAAUCGUUUCGUUGCGGAUGUCUCACAAUGUCUAGCCAAGGGAGAAAGUAAAGAGCAGGCCUUCAAUAUGAGUUAUCAGGUAGCAGAGGACUUGGGGAAAGCCUUUUCAGACCGAGCAAUAUUUUUAACAUUUAUCGAAGCAGAAGCAACUCUAGCUGCUGGUUCUCUGAAGGAUGUGCUGGGAAAGGUGAGAUCAUUGUAUGCAUUAGAUUGUCUGGAAGAUAUUGCGUAUCUGCGAUAUGGGUGCCUAUCAGUGGAGAAUGCUGCAGCAGUGAGGAAAGAAAUAACAAAACUGUGCAGUGAAGUUCGACCACAUGCACUUGCUUUAGUCAGUUCCUUGGGCAUUCCAGAUGCCUUUCUCAGCCCUAUAGCUUUUAACUGGGUUGAUGCCAACUCCUGGUCUUCGGUUCAGCAUUGAUAGGGUGGUGGUGUUCUUACCAACUGCACCUAAACAAAGGUUCGUUCAUUUAUAAGCACUUUAAUGUAACUCAAAAAUAAAUCUUAUGUAACUGACUUAAAAGAACAGAGAGCGGCCCAGAGUGCAAGUUUAUGGCAUCCUGUAAGAAUUUGAAAGCACCC